AUGAAGCAUUUCUACGUGGGUGCGGCAGCUUGGGAUGUCCGUGCGAAGAAAGCAGAGUUGUUCGAUCCUGCGUCCAACUUUCUCCUUGUUACAGGAUCACUAGAUUCUGACUGUUCGGAUAUUUGUGGCUUCGUCAUGUGGCGCUUCGACGUGGAUGAGACACGAGACGACCCGUUCGCAGAGCCUGGCGACGAGCUGAUCGAAGUCGCGUACUGUAUAUUGCUGCACGCAUUGGAGAGCAUUGCAUGGCAGACGUGCAUGCGCAAAGUCAUGCUCACUGUUUUCAAAGCGAACAAAGAAGCACGCGAAUUUUAUCACAAUCAAAGGUACAUUCUCGACACUACAUCGCCGGACAACGAUGAAUAUGAAUGUGCCCAGGAAGAACACGGGCUGAGCAUCCUCCAACCCGUAAUGGACAACAGUCUUAAAAAUGUCGAAAGUGCGAACAAUACGCUCCUGAAUAGUGUUGCGCUUUUUUCCAUUCUGGACCACUUCCUUCGCCGCGAUGGUUCGCAGUCGCGCGUAAUUGGCACACUCCUUGGUACACGUAGCGAAUCGGAAGUCGAAGUUCGCAGCUGCUUCGCUGUGCCGCAUGGCGAAAGUGAGGACCCUUGGCAAAUUCACCUGGACGCGGAGCACCACCGCCGUAUGCUGGGAUUGCACCAGCGUGUGCGUCCCGAAGAAGUGGUGUUGGGCUGGUAUAGCACAUCCCCUGACCUGAACUCGAACAGUGCCUUAAUUCAGGACCACUACUCGCGCGAGACCGCACCGCACCAAGCCGUGCACCUUACUCUGAAUACCAACGUGGCUGACAAGGAGGACGGUCUGGGCGUAAGGACCUACGUCAGCUCCUUGCUGGGCGCAACGGUAAGGCCAGACAGCUGCACAUUCAUUUCUGUUCCUACUACGCUGCUCACUUCGAGCCCCGAGCAGACGGCAAUGACACACUUGGCCAACCCUGCCUCGGGCGAGUCGAGGACAGAUUUGGACGCACUGGCAGCCUCGCUGGAGCAGGUACAUUCACAGCUGGAGCGUGUGCUUACAUACUUGCGCAAAGUACUUGCGGAUGAGAUCCCAGGCGACAAGGCCGUUGGCCGUUUCUUAAGCGAUACCAUUGGUGUGGUACCUGCGGGUGUCAGCAGCGCGACGCUGGAAUCGCUCUUCAAUUCGCACAUGCAAGAUAUUUUCAUGGUCUCGUACCUGUCUAAGAUUAUUAGUGCGCAAACUGAAGUCUCCACGCGUCUUGCGCUUCUGACAUGA